UGCCCGCCCCGGUCUGUGUGUUGGUGUUGGUGGUGUUGGUGGUGGUGUAUAUGUGGGAGCAGGAGAGACUCUGCAGUGUCUUGGCAGCUGCGUUCAGUGUAUCUCCCACCGACCGCGAUGCCUCCGUGGCCAAUGCCUGCCUCCUCCUCCGCGUCCACUUGACAACACACACCGAUAUGAAGUGAAGCUGCGCCGGACACACUAUCCUGAUAUCUAUAUGCCCCGGAGAGCUUCAUUCACCCACAGAAACCCCGUGACGAGAAUUGUUAAUGGAAAAUGGCGAUAGGCAAAGGGUCUUGCAGCAUCGUCUGCUUGGUAUCUAUCCAGAUUAUCUUGAUUUUCAGCGCGUCGUGGCCUGGAGCAGCGGGUCUCACAUUCCCCCAGCAAUACACGAUAAUGCACUGGGCCAGGCGCAUCGAGCAGGAGAUUGACAGAGUCUUUCAGCACAUCACUGGAGCUCAGCAGUUGAAAGGGAUAUACAAUGAAGAAAGGCGACGGUUUAGUCUGGUGAAGAAUCAGCCUCGGAGGAUUGUGGAGAAGGUGGCCUCAGAUAUAGAGAAACUCCUGGCUAAGAAGCGCAAAGCACUUGUUAGGUUAGCCAGUGAAGCAGAGCGGCUCCAGCGAGAGCAUAUAUGGCAGGAUGGAAUCAAGGAGCUGGACAUGGCUUACUAUGACUCCAAGGCAGAGAUGGAUUAUUACUCCAUGGAAGGAGAAGGAGAGGUGGAAAACCCCUCGCACAUCAAGCUGGAGUUUGUCUACGAUCCAAAUUUCAAAAACGAUGUCAACUAUUCCUACACAGCUGUUCAGAUUCCUACAGAUAUUUAUAAAGGAGCUCCAGUCAUUCUGAAUGAGCUGAACUGGACGCAGGCGCUGGAGAAAGUUUUCAUGGAGAACAGUCAGGAGGAUCCGUCCCUUCUGUGGCAGGCGUUUGGCAGUGCGACGGGCGUCACUCGCUACUACCCAGCUUCACCUUGGAAGACCCCCAAUAAAAUUGACCUUUAUGACGUCAGGAGGGGGCCCUGGUACAUCCAGGGAGCCUCGUCCCCCAAAGAUAUGGUCAUUCUUGUGGAUGUGAGCGGCAGUGUCAGUGGUCUCACCCUGAAACUCAUCAAAGCGUCAGUGGAGGACUUGCUGGACACUUUGUCUGAUGAUGACUAUGUCAACGUGGCCAGGUUUAACGAGAAGGCCGAGGCCGUGGUUCCCUGCUUCAAACAUCUUGUCCAGGCUAACGUCCGCAACAAAAAGAUCUUCAAAGAUGCUGUGUUUCAGAUGCAGGCUAAAGGCACCACUGACUACAAGUCUGGAUUUCAUUUUGCUUUCAACCAGCUGUUAAAUAAGACAAAUGUCCCUCGGGCCAACUGCAAUAAAAUAAUCAUGCUGUUUACUGAUGGAGGCGAAGACAGGGCUCAGGAUGUGUUCAUGCAGUACAACUGGCCCAACAAAACGGUUCGAGUAUUCACCUUUUCAGUGGGUCAGCACAACUAUGACGUCACACCUUUACAGUGGAUCGCCUGCACCAAUAAGGGUUACUAUUUUGAGAUCCGUUCCAUCUGUGCUAUAAGGAUUAACACCCAGGAAUACCUGGACGUGCUGGGGCGCCCCAUGGUUCUGGCAGGCAGCGAAGCCAAGCAGGUUCAGUGGACCAAUGUGUAUCAGGAUGCUUUGGGUCUUGGCAUGGUAGUAACUGGGACUUUGCCUGUGUUUAAUCUCACCAUGGAUGGAAAUUCACAGAAUCAGCUGAUUUUAGGUGUCAUGGGAGUCGACGUGCAUCUUGACGAGAUAAAGCGACUUACACCACGGUACAAUCUUGGAGCCAAUGGAUACAUAUAUGCCAUCGAUCCAAAUGGAUAUCUUCUCCUUCACCCUAAUCUUCAGCCAAAGCUGGUGAACUUCCUGGAGCCUGUGACGCUGGACUUCCUGGAUGCAGAGGUGGAGGACGUUAAUAAAGAGGAGAUCCGGCGACAAAUGAUUGAUGGAAGACCAGGUGAAAUGCAGGUCAAAACUCUUGUCAAGUCGAUUGAUGAGCAGUACAUUGAUGACGUCUACAGGAGUUACACCUGGACUCCCAUCAAUGGCACAGAUUACAGUCUUGGUCUGGUAUUACCCACCUACAACGAGUACUUCAUCCAGGCAGACCUGAGUGAUGUGAUGCUGCAGCUCCAGUAUAUGCAGUCCCUGCUGCCCAGCUCCUUUGAAUCUUCAGGACAUGUGUUUCUUGCUCCAAGGGAAUACUGCAAACGUCUGCAUCUUUCUGACAACAACACCCAGUUUUUGCAGAACUUCCUCUCGCUCAUGCUGGAAAUUUCUCCAGAAUCUGAUGAGUGUGACCAAGGCCUCAUCCAUAACCUGAUUUUGGAUUCCAGGAUUAUCGGGCAGCUGGCCUCUCGUGUUUGGAAGGACAAGGACCUGAAUUCGUAUGGCUUCCUGGCUGUAUUUGCGUCCACUGAUGGAGGAAUAACACGUGUUUUUCCCAAUAUAGCUGCUGAGUUAUGGGAUGAGGAUCCUGAACCAUUCAAUUCAAACUACUACAGACGGAGCCUCGACAACAAAGGCUACAUGUUUAGAGCUCCAUCGAGAUCCUCAUUGGACGACCUUGUUGGUGGAGAAAACGGCACGGUUGGAAUUCUUGUUAGUUCGGCUGUGGAGGUUAAUUUAGGAGGCAAACUGCUCAAACCUUCAGUGGUCGGGGUGAAGCUGGACUUGGAGGCAUGGGUGGACAAGUUUAAGAUCCUGGCCAGCAACGUGUCGGACAGUCGACAGGGCUCACAGAAGUGUGGACCAUCCAGAAGCUGUGAGAUGGACUGUGAAGUGAACACUGAUGACCUCCUAUGCUAUCUCCUCGAUGAUGGUGGAUUUCUGGUUAUGUCCAAUCAGAGAGAUCACUGGAAAAAGAUUGGCCUUUUCUUCGGUGAUGUGGACCCUUACUUGAUGCACGCUCUCUACAACAACUCAAUCUUCAAUCGCCGUCAGUCUUUCCACUUCCAGUCUGCAUGUGAACCGGUCAACGACAGUCAAACGGGUUCAGCAACGAGGGGCAUCUUUGUGCCGUCCAUUGCUGACAUCCUUAGCUUGGCCUGGUGGACGUCCACAGUGGCAUGGUCUGUGACCCAGCAGCUCCUGUAUGGAAUGGCAUACAACAGCUGGUUCUACCAAGAUGAUCUUCUGGUUGAUGGUUUUGAGACAAGGGAAAGCAGCUGUGUGACCAUCCAAAGCCAGUUCUACUUUACAAACACCACUAACUCCUACAACGUGCUGCAGGACUGCGGGAACUGCUCCCGGCUGUUCCACGCGAAGCGGAUAGAAAACACCAACCUCCUCUUUGUGGUCGCGGAGACGCUCCCCUGCAGCUCAUGUGAGAUAGAGAGACUGACACUGAUCAGGACAGAGUUUCAGGAGGAGAAUCCAUGCGAAGUACUGAGAAACGCGCGAUAUCGUAAAGGCCCAGCAUCAUGCUUUGACUACAGUGCCUUAGAAAACGCGUCAGAGUGUGGACGGGGUCAUGCACUGCAGUCUUCAAUAGGAGUCCUUCUCUUUAUCCAGCUUAUUCUGCCUCUUUUUCAUCUCUGACACAUGCACACGCUCUAACUUACAUCAUUCAUCUCUCUGGGUUGAGGCCCGGAUCUACUGAAGGUCAGAUCAAACAGCAAAUGCACAAUGAUUCUUUUUUGAUCUGCAAACGGCACACAGUGCAUUUGAGCUAAAAAAAGAAAUAUGUGGGUCAGCUCUUAGUGUUUUUUGCCUUAUUGCUUAUGCAUUUGUUUGUGUUUCAGGGCUUGAGUGCAAAUUAUAGAAAGAGAAUGUGUUGAGUCUGCAUGCUAUAGGACAAGCACGUUUAACAUUUUCGCACAGGCUCAGCCAUUUAAGCAAACACCAAAACAUCAGGGACAGGGCGAAUAAAUGAUAACCCAGCAGGGACAAAUGUCAGUCUCAAUUUUAGGUUGGAUUGUGGUGGUCAAAUGAUGCAUUAUAAAACAAUUCAGUUUGAUGUAUGUGCUUUGUGUUUAAUAACACAGUGGUUGAAAAAAUUAUUCAGAUCUUAAACUUAAGUAAAGUCAUGCAUUUGAGAUUUCACUUAUGUAAACGAAUGGAAUUAUUGGUAACAAAAUUAACUUAAAUUAUAAAGUACAAUAUUUAUUUGACAGGAUAAUGGGUAGCAUCAGCAUGCAUUUCAAUGUGGUAGCUUUUUAAGAUGGUAGCUCACUACUUUAUAUACUGUUGGAUAGUUUCAUCUUCAACAAUCAUUUAUCAAUCUUAGUUUUCCAUGUUAAAUAUCACUUAUACAGUAGCUACACUCGUCAGAUAAAUGUAGUGGAGUAAAGGGUACAUUUCCCACUCUACAAUGCCUGAGGUUUAAAGUAUUAUAAGGUGCUCUGUGGAGUCUUCUUCCAAACAGAACUGUUUACAAUGUAUUUAUUUUUGACAAACAAAAAUGUUGAAUGCACUUCCUGCCAUUUGAAAAACAUAUUGAUUAACUUUUUGACAAAAUGUAACCCCCUUUUUUGUGUCCAUGUUUACUUGCUUGCAGCCUUUGUCUUCUCUGCAUUUUCUGGCAUUUUAUAGCAUUUGUAGGCGCGUUACUGCCACCUGUGGAUCAGUGGAAUAGAGUGAAAUCAUCUGCGAGACUGUUUAUAAUAUUGCUUUACACUAGAAAUGAAAAACUCCACAGGGUACCUUUUAGCACAAUUGGGAAUGGAAGGAAAAUCAAAGUUGCACCAAAGUGUACCUGAGUAAAGGUACUUAAUGCCUUCUUUAAAUACAACGCUGCAUACGCCACCACAUGCCCUGGGUUUUAUACAGGGGAGCUCUGGGAUUGGCCAAACACAGCUGUUGGUACAAUAACUAUGUGAAGAGAGUGUUCUGAGUUUUUCGAUCUUUUUAUCUAGCUGAAGGCUUAACAGCAUUUGUGUUUUUCAGAUGGCUCAUUAGAUGAGGCCAACAAGAACAGUUUGUAUGGAUUCACAAUGUCCAUAAAACAGCCGGAAAGGCGUUUACAACUUUACAUUGUGCACAGCACACAUAAGGCUGCGUUGCUACUGCAUUGAUGUAAAUAUAUGAACAGAAUCUGCUGAGCUCGGCUGCUGCUGCUUCUGGCAAAGUCUGCUUUUCUUUUGGCUUUGUGGAAUUCAAAAUGAAUUAUCUGUGCCAGUUUUCAUUUGCAUGGCCGGUCCUAGUAAAUGUCUGCACAUAAUAGAACUUCCCGCACUUACAGCAGUGUUUUCCAUGAUAGUAGAUCCGGGCCUGAACUGGGAAUUCACUUCAGUGUCUUUCAAUUCACCUCUGACCUUUGCCAAGACAGUUUCAGUACUAUACAUUGUUUCAUACAUGACUCGACUCAGAAUGAUUUCUCUCUGUCGUCUCUUACAUCAUUCCAACCAGAAGUAUUGUUCCCCCCAAAAGAUGUUUUCUCAGAGCACACAUAUGAGAAUUGCCAUUAUGAUGAAAAACACCAGAAGAUUUGUGACUUUUCACAAGACAUAUCAGUGAUGAAACAUCCGUUCAUAAGUUUCAUUGAUACUGUUGAUGAUUCAAUGAUUGUCAAAGGUUGUGAUGCUGAACUGCUUCCACCAAUACUAUCUAUGAUCUUGUAGUGCUUCCUCUUGAUAAGAAUAGUAAAAGGGUGUAAAAUCUGACAAAAACUGACCAAAAUUAUGUAAACCGUGAUUUUGUUGCAAAAAUGUAGUAGUGAGUACUCCCAGCUACUGCAUGGUUUAGUGCAAUAAUGUUGUGAUAAUCUUUAUUAAAGCAGUAAUUAUCAUGACUGACGAAUCUUCGGAUUUAGAUUUUAAGAAAUGUACAUGCAGUGUUAUUUCUGUAGUCUUAUAGCACAGAACAUGCGCAGACGUCAGUGUGGUGCCGCCAUGUUUUUAAGCAGCAGUUGUUUGAUGGAAGGGAAGCUCUCUCUUUUUUGUAUCUUGUAUUGCCACUAUUUGUCAAACCUGAAUGUAUGCACUUAAGUAUGCUUCUGUGUGGGGAAUGUAGCUUCUGAGCAGCUUUUGGUGUUAUCUGUAUGUGAUGCUUUUUGAACCCAUGUUGCGUCUCCCCUUAUGUCUCCGUGAAAGUGAUGAUUUACUGUGGCAAAAUAUUUUCAUUUGUCAUGCAAACCUCAUCAUGGUGGUAAAAUAUCUUUCAACUUUUUACAAAAUGAUAAAGCUGUAUGACUUAUUUGCAAUGAAAGGUCUUCUCAGUACUGCAUAAAUGGAAUUAUCCCUACUGGGAUUCUGAACAAAUCGAUGUAUUUACUAUAUAUAUCUCCAGGUUAAAAGCCUAUUUUUUCAGGUUAAUAUUAAGACAAAGAAGAAAAAAAGAAUACAUAAACAUAUUUCAGGGCUGAAGUAACCAUUUUCCUCAUUAUCUAUUGCUCUGCUCAUUUUUUUCUUAAUUUAUCAACAGAUAUUUGCAUAUUGGCACACUAUUGACUAUUUGGCAUUUCACAUAUCCUGCUGGUAUUUAAAACUCAGAAUCAAGGCCAUCACAAAAAACCUUCCCCCUUUUGGCAGAUGAAUGUGACUCCUUAGCACAUAGUGGUAAAACAGUGGCUCUAGUUGACGGGGGAUUUUAAUGAUAUAAAUGAAUUCUAGUGAAGAAGAAUUGACAGUGGUAUUUUGUAACCAUGUAUCACUGUCUUAUUUGUGAGGAGUUCUGCAUGAUCAAAUCCUGAAAACAUUUCCCUUCAGUGAUCAACAAGCCCCUGAUGUCUUUUUGUGUUUGGAUCAUUUGAUCUGUUUCAAGAGUUAAUGUGAGAUAUUUUUUAAAAGCUUUUUUGACAAAAUAUUUGUAAAAUGCAGUUUCUCUCAGUCUGCCUGGUGUUCCACCCUGCAGUGCCUUGUGGCACUCAUUUUGGAUGGCAGAAACAUUUGGCUCUGAUACGUGUGGACGUUCAUCCUGCAGGGCCAAGCGAAAGACACACUUGAAUUGAAUGGUUGCACAGACCCAUCUCUAAAUGGACUUUACGGUGAAGGAACACAAAAGAUGCUCUUCAUGAACUUAUGAAGCAUUUUAAGUGAGCACAACAGAAGUGUGUCGAGCCUCCCCUCCUGCCUUCUCGUGGACAGAUGUUCGUCAAAGGGACGAGAAGGAGCCUGCUUUCUUUCUGCUACGUGUCGUUUAUCUUUACACUGUGGUUCAGCCUCGAAUCAAAGCACAGACACUGUCCAUUUUCAUAGAUUUACUUUGGCCCAUCUGCACACUAUAUUCUAUAUUUGAAGCCUGUCAGAAAAAUGUACUUUUUCAUUAGGACUGACUGAAACGAGUGAAUGUUUAUGUACAGAAAUACCUACUGUUGUGCAUCUCUGCUGUACCCGAGCAUGGUGGGAACCCGGAGAGGCAGAUUCCAGCUCAACACUGUUUGGAGACCUCAGCAAAACACUGCUUUAAAAAAAAAAAAUGAACAAAAAAAGCUUUUCUCUGAGACCUGCAGUAUUAACUUUAGGUCAUAUUGCAUUAUUCAAACAACACUGUUGUGAAUUGUGGAAAAUACAUUUUGUUGAACUCUUUAUAGCCUACAAUAUAUGAAUACUGUUGAGGUCAGUGUUGUAGUUUGGUUUUGAAUUACUGGUAUUUAUUUGCAUGAUAUUUUUAACAAUUUACAGAUUUGUGUACAUAGUCUGAUGGAUCAUCUACAUUCCUGUCCUCAUCCAGCUCUCCAGUACUGUGGGGAGAAGUGAAGGAUGUUUGGGUUGAUGCGGAGGCCUCAGAGCUCUUUGCUGUGGUACCGAAUGAAGCUGAACGUUUGACUUCAGUGAAGCCUACAAUAACUGUCAGUGUUUGAAAUGUAGGUCAUUCUCAGAAAGUAGAAGCACAGAGAAGAUAAUAGUUAAGAGCAACAUACUGCCUGAUUCAACUUUUGUCAUUUAUUUAGGAAAAAGUGACGUAAAACCACUAAGGAUCAUUUAUGCAUUUAAAGGCUGUAUAAGAAACAAAUAAGGCAGUGGCAUGUUUGGGGACAACCCUUUAUUACCUAACUUUGUUUAUGAAAUAGAUUCAAGCGUUGCUUAUUUAAUUCAUUUAUAUAUUAUUUGUUCAUUUAUUUUGGUAUUGUGAAUAAUACUUGUAUUGAACAGGAAGGAAUUGAAUGUGUUAAAAGCUUGCGUGGGCUCACUAAGCCGUUUACAAGAAAAUUGCAAAACAGACUAAAUAUACUGUAUGUCCAUGUCCUUUAUUUACUGAGUAUCAAACCAUAAGAAUGUUAAUGUUUUUUGCUGUAACUUUGCUUUUAAUUUGCUGGCGUUGUCGUUUACUCGGGACAGUUUCCUCUCUUUGUGCAAGUCUCAAAUGCCACCUCAUUUUUGUACAGACAAUGUGAAGCAGUCAGCAGAAGAUAAAGGCUAACUUUGUAAAGAUUUUGUCAGUCACAUUACAAAAUGGAUAUUUAAAUGUUUAUAUCUUUGGUGAUUAAAGCUGUUGAUAUUUUUCACUUCA